AUGGGAGACUGGAACUUCCUUGGAGGAAUCUUGGAGGAGGUGCAUAUCCACUCCACCAUAGUUGGCAAGAUCUGGCUGACCAUCCUCUUCAUAUUCCGGAUGUUGGUGCUGGGCGUUGCUGCAGAGGACGUGUGGAACGACGAGCAGUCGGACUUCAUCUGCAACACCGAGCAGCCCGGUUGCCGUAACGUCUGCUACGACCAAGCCUUUCCUAUCUCCCUCAUCCGCUACUGGGUCCUGCAGGUGAUUUUCGUGUCCUCGCCCUCCCUCGUCUACAUGGGCCACGCCAUCUACCAGCUGCGUGCCCUGGAGAAGGAACGCCACUGCAAGAAAGUGGCUCUCCGCCGGGAGCUGGAGGGGGUGGAUGCAGAGCUGGUGGAGGUGAAGAGGAGGAUUGAAAAAGAGAUGAGGCAGCUGGAGCAGGGGAAGCUCAACAAAGCGCCACUGAGGGGCUCCCUGCUGUGCACCUACGUGGCUCACAUUGUUACCCGAUCGGUGGUGGAGGUCAGCUUCAUGAUGGGCCAGUAUGUCCUCUAUGGACACCGCCUCAGCACUCUGUACAAGUGUGAAAGGGAGCCGUGUCCAAACAUGGUGGACUGCUUUGUCUCCAGGCCAACAGAGAAAACCGUCUUCAUGAUGUUCAUGCAAGCAAUCGCCUGCAUCUCGCUCUUUCUCAGCCUGCUGGAAAUCAUGCACCUGAGCUUCAAAAAGAUCAAGAAGGGCAUCCUGGACUACUACCCCCACCUGAAGGACGACCUGGAUGACUAUUAUGUUAAGUCAAAAAAGAACUCGGUUGUGCAUCAGGUUUGCAUCGGUACUUCUGUGGGACGGAAGAGUACGAUUCCCACAGCACCCAGUGGAUACACAUUACUACUAGAGAAGCAGGGCAACGGGCCUAACUACCCCCUCCUUAGUUCUUCCUCUGCCUUCGUCCCAAUACAGGGUGACCCAGGUGUGAAGCCAGGAAGCCACAAAGACGUCAAACAGGGAGUGCCAAGUCCCACGGAGCAAAACAGCAACUCCAACAACACCAGCAGUGAGACACGUUCGCCUCCUGCAGACAAACAGGACGAACCAGAGGAGCCUGGAGACGACCUGGAGUGCAGGCCCUCUGAGUACCCCACCCUACCUGUAGCGGACACCUCCUCCUGCACCAUACUGUCAGGCAUUGCAAGGAAGUCCCGGAGGGUCAGUCCACCUUGGAACUGCUCCACAGUGGUGGAGGGAAACUGCUCGGACAGUGAAGAUUCCUACCACGGGAACAGCAGCAAGAAGCUUCGCAGCAGUGGCGGCCCCAGAGCCAGGAUGCUCUCCAAAUCAGACCCAAAGAGGCCAAGCAGGCCGCAGAGCCCGGACUCUGCAGGGGAGCUGAGCUCAGUGUCUCGACACAGCCGGGAGAGCAACAGCCCCACCACCUCCUCUCCAAACCGCCGCGUGUCAGUGGCGAGCAGUGCCUGCAGCCGGCGAGCCCCGACCGACUUACAGAUCUGA